GACCUUCCAUUAGACGCCCUAGGUGUAAUAAUGUCUCGUCUUAUCUUAAAAGAUAACAUCCAUGCAUCAGCCACUUGUACGUCAUGGUGUAAAGCUGCUGUAUCUGUUCGGGUAGUGGAAAAGUAUCCUUGGCUUAUGUUCUUUCCUAAAGGUGACAACUCGGUUGAACUCCUCGAUCCAUUACAGCGGAAGCUGUACAUUUUGAAUCUGCCAGAGUUACCUAAAUCCACUGUGUGUUACUCAAGAGAUGGCUGGUUACUUAUGGGUAAAGCAAAAUCGAUAGACAUGUUCUUCUUCAAUCCGUAUUCUCGGGAGCUAAUAACCUUGCCAGAGUGUUGGUAUGCUUUUGAUGAGUUUGCGUUCUCUUGUCCUCCUACAUCAGAUAAUUGUGUGGUUGUGGGGAUAAGGUUCUUAGCAGAGUUUGUCGUGAUCAGCACUUGUCAUCCAGGAGCUACCGAGUGGAAAACUGAUACCGUCCCUUGUUAUCUAAGACCGUUUUAUAAUCAGAGUAACAUUGUCUACUGCAAAGAUCGAUUCUAUUGCUUCAACGCACGAGGAACUUUGUUUAGCUUUCACCCAUCUUCCCGUACAUGGAGUUAUACGGGUGCAGAUCAAAUCAAAUGCCCGUAUCUCUACGAUAGAGAGAAAUAUGGAUGGAGUGAGAAAGGAGUUUCCUUGGUAGAGAAGAAAGGAGAGCUUUUUGUCCUGUUUACAAGCAGGAACGAGAAGCCACUAGUUUACAAGCUAGUGUCUGGGAAGUGGGAGGAGAUGAUUCCGACUGCACUUGAUAGCUUGAACAUCUUUGUGAGUUAUUAUAACAGUGAGCUGAGAACUAAGCUCCCAUGGAUGAAGAACGAUGUCUACUUCUCAAGGUUUAGUUACAGGCGCCAACGUUGUGUGUCGUAUUCCUUCGAUGAAAGCAGGUACAAUCCGGACGAGGAAUGGCAGAGGUGGAGAGAACUAUGUCCUCCUCAAAGCCUAUGGAUCGAUUCGCCUCCUCAGAAUGUGUUAGACCUUUUGAUGAAAUAG